AUGAGCACGCCUCCAGACCAGGCCCGAGAUGCAGAGAAGAGGCAUGCCACACAGAUGACGGACACGCCAGUUCGGUCAGGCUCUGAUCUGGAGAAGAGCGGGAGCUCCCCGUCCGUGCUCCAACCGUCGUCGUCGGAUGACAACCGAUCCAGAGUGGCACAGGACAAGGACACGGGCCGGGACCCGGAUGCCGGAGACGGGCCCGAUGUCAAUGCCGACGCCGUCACUAUCGUGGGCCAGGCUCUCAGCCGGGCGACGUCGAGGUCGAGCAUUACGCCAGCGCCGCCUCCCGACGGAGGCGUGACCGCCUGGAUGGCUAUUAACUCCUUCGGCGUCUUCCAAUCCUACUACACGACCCUCCUUUUCCGCCCGCCGUCCGACAUCGCCUGGAUCGGCUCCUUCGAGGUCUUCCUCCUCUUCUUCAUCAGCACCUUUAGUGGCCGCCUCACCGACGCCGGCUAUUUCCGAACGCUCUUUGCCGCCGGCUUCCUCCUCGUCUCCCUCGGCAUGCUCGCCACCUCCUUCUGCACCCAGUACUGGCAGUUCUUCCUCGCCCAGGGCAUCUGCCUGGGCAUCGGCAACGGGUGCCUGUUCUGCCCGGCGCUGUCGACGGCGUCGACCUACUUCGACAAGAGGAGGGGCCUGGCGCUGGGCUUCGUAUCGAUCGGCAGCUCGACGGGCGGCUUGAUCUACCCAACCAUGGUGAGGCAGCUGCUGCCGUCCAUUGGGUUCGGGUGGACGAUCCGCGCCAUCGCGUUUGUGCAGAUGGGCACGUUGAUGAUUGCUUUCGUGUUCCUGCGGCCGAGGGUGAAGCCGAGGAAGGCCGGGAGCAUCGUUGAGUGGGCGGCGUUCAAAGAAUUGGAGUACACGUUCUACGCCAUCGGAUCUCUCUUGAAUUACCUCGGCGUCUUUUUCGCCUUUUACUACCUUGCCUCCUACACCCGCGACAUUAUCGGGUUGAGCUACAACCCCUCUCUCAACCUCUUGCUCGUCCUCAACGGCGUGGGCGUGCCAGGCCGCAUCUUACCUGGCUACAUCGCCGACCGCGUCGGCUCUAUCAACACUCUUAUUCCCAUGUCUUUCAUCUCCGGCCUACUCAUGUACUGCUGGGUCGCCGUCUCCUCCACGUCGGGCCUCUACACGUGGACGCCCUUCUAUGGCCUCGCCGCCAGCGCCAUCCAAAGCCUGUUCCCCUCCGCCCUGAGCCAGCUAACGAGCGACCCGCGAAAGCAGGGCACGAGGAUGGGUAUGACAUUUACCAUUGUCAGCUUUGCCGUGCUGACGGGUCCGCCGAUUGCCGGUGCCAUCAUUUCGGCCGAAGGCGGCAGGUAUGUCGGAGCGCAGGUCUACGCGGGGACGUGCUUGCUUGCCGGCAUGUGUUUCUGGAUUGCCGCAAGGGUGGUGAAGACGAGAAAGGCCGGUGGGGGGCUCUGGUUCAAAACGUGA